ACAGAAGGUAUGUGAGUUAUCGAUCGAACUUUAUCUUGCGGAAACUGCAAAUAGCAGAGAUGUGAGAAAUUGACUUUCGGAAGAUUUUUGUUUGAGCUCCAUCCGAAAAAAAUAUUUCUUUGCAGCUAUUUAAUUCUAAAGACUAUUAAAGGCACAAGAAAUGAUAAGUAGAAGGCGAUCGAACCUUUCUGGUGGGUUAAUUACAGCUAAUCCUAUCACAAUUAGUAUUGAUAAUCCAAGCACACACACUAAGGUCACAACAGAAAAUAUAACAUCGCCAAAAAUUGAUGUGAAAAUAUUAGACAAACCCCAUCAUCUUUUCAUUGGACGAUGUAACCCCAAAGAUGAGGUUUUUCACAACGAAAACAUUAUUCUUACAAACGAUGGCAAAAGUCACGUGUCUGCUAAAAUUCGGAUGAACAUAGAUGGUCCUGUAUACAUUAGUUGUGUUAAUAUUUAUGAUGAAAUCCCGGAUGGUAAGGGUGGCUAUCCAAGUUUUGUAGCGGGAGGAGUAGGGUACAAUUUCAUAGAAUUUAAAGUUCUAACGGACUAUGGUAAAGGUUUCCACUUCUUUGUCAAGAUACAAGGAUACACUAAAGACAUCGAUGUAAAAUAAUUCAUGUAUCGGUUUAAACAAAUUCUCUGUAUAUGACACACAUAGCUCACAACUAUUAAAUAAAGAUAUU